ACUGUCGUCGCGCGCCGUGAUAGCGCGAACGUGCCACCGUCGUGUUCGCUCCGGCAAGGAGGAGACGUGUGUCUGGCGCGCGCGUUCGGAUCCGCACGAUUUCACGAACAACACUGGUGUUCGGUGCGCGGGUUUUAUCGGUUCCUCCGUUACUGGACAUUUUUUUUUUUUUUUUUUGGAUAAAAAAACCGUCGUUGUCGGCCGGUCCGCAUGCUGCUGGUGUCCGCCGACGACCGCCGACCCUCGCCGAUACCUGCAGUCCACGGUACAACUGCAUCCGAUUAUGUCGCGUGACGCAGACACGCGUCGCACGAGACCGCGGUUGUCGCGACACGGAACGUCGCAUCCUCGAUCGCCCUGAACUCGCUUCCCCGCCGACCAGUCGAAGAAUGGGGGAGGACGGAGGAGGGUGGUGACCAGAGCAGACGCAGGGGUUGGACAUGGGCAACAAACUGAGCUCCUGCGGACCUCUAAUAAAAAAAUCGUACAGGUACGACGACGUUGCCGGACCAUUCCAAAGCUCAUCCAGAAGAAGAGACGGCCAUCUUCUAAGGUUAUGGGCCGAAGUGUUCCACGUGAGCGCCAAAGGAGAGGAAAUAAAAUGGCAGCAAAUAUCCGAAGACCUCGUUCCUGUGAAUAUUACAUGCGUACAAGACGCGCCCGAUUAUAUUUUCCACAUAACCGCGUACAACAGUCAGGUGGAGAAAAUUAUGGACAUCCGCCUGGUGCAGCCCGGCACAAAAAUAGGUUUAGCUUCGGAAUGCUUCGCCUAUUGGAAAGAACCGCACACCAACGACACGUGGGGACUUAACUUCACGUCGCCGAUCGACGCCAAACAGUUCAAAGAAUGUUGUACUCCAUCGAUGAAAUUGUCCCGCAAGUCGUCGUCGUCGUAUUCACUGAAAUUGGACACGUCCAAGAGGCAAAGCACGAAAGUCCGGAGGAAACCGUUGUCGACCCCGACGUCGCCGAGCCGGUCGAGAGAGCCUCAGUGCACUUGCAUGACGGCCGACCAGUUCAACAGGCUGAGGGCUCAAGAUCCGCGGUACAACAAGGAACGAUCAUCGACCUUACCGCGUUCCCACACCAGACAAUUGUCUCUCGGCGACGGACCUUCAGACCCGGACAAAAAGCUGUCGGCCGAGGACACGACCAAACAGACCACCAUAUCCCGAAGCUCAACCACGAGAGACAGAGAAACUGCCACGCCCGGUGGGAAAUUAAACAUCACCGGAACUGGGUCACAAACGGAACAGGGUCAACAACAGGACAGUUGCAAAAGCGAGGCGGUUCAAACGGUCGGCGCCAAGACCACGACCACCACCGGCACGUGCACCCCGCGGAUGUUGUCUAAAGACUAUUCCGAAGGUUACGGAGUUAGGAUUUUGGAGACGGACUUGUUCAAGCCCAUCAACGUCCCGAAGAGUUCGAGAAAUCAAAACAAAGCGUACAGAGAUGAUUAUCGGUACAGAGACGGCAUGGGCACAAUGAAACGCACGUUAAAGCCGAUGCCGUCGUUGGAAAGUCCUGCCACCUCACCUGAAAUGACCAGGAGACGUGGAUACAGUUAUUACCAUCAGGCGCCGCCGGCCUCGACAAUGAAUCUGCCUAUGCCACAUUGUUCAAGGCAAGCGCAAUCCGAAUCCGAGUCUUCGGCCAAACACAGAAAUUCGCGCUUUGGCACUUUGGGUUCCCGGUCGUCGUAUGACAUCGGCCGAGCCGAACAAAGCAUGAGGGAUCAUCCCAGAGGACUUUACUUGGAGCUAGACCGCAACGGUCGGCCUACACAGCCGGCGGACGGUUCUCCGCUCUCUGACACCGUAAUGUUUGACAACCAGUGUUACGCGACGACGCCCAGCUCGAGCAAUGGUAAUUCUGACCAGGACCAAUCUAGCAAUAAUGAAAACUCAGGCCGUGGCUAUCAGAAACACGAUAACCAAGCUACCAGCACCCCGGGCUCACCGACCAGCCGCUUGUUGCUCGAAUACGAAAUGCACUUGCGGAAUACCUUGGCCCGAGGCAUGGACGCCGAAAGCUAUAGUCUGCACACCUUCGAAGCACUGCUGACACAGAGCAUGGAAAAUUUAGAAAUGGCGGAACAACUACCUCCGUUGAAUUCUAGAAGUCCGUACCCGACGAGAAGGCGCCCGAUGAGCGCCGGAGGAAGCUUCAACAGAUCUUCCACGCUACCGCAUCGUGUGGAGAGAUCGUCCAGUGCUACCAGAGAAGGUUACUAUAGCGAUCGGCAAGAUGCCGCUAGGGAACGUGACCGGGAACGAGGAUAUUUGUCCGACCACGCUCCGUCCAGCAAUCGCUGUGCUAAUUGUUGGAAUGAGUCUGCACGUGCCCAUUGGUUUAGGCAUAGUGAUGGAUGGCGUUGCGGUUCAUCAACAAUGGGAAGUGGUACAUCAAGUAUCAACUGCGUACCACCACACAGCUCAUUCGACUAUGUACAUCACCAUACGCCACCAGGAAAGCAAUCGAAGAGAUCAGCUUGGGAGUCUUUACCGUCUCUCCGUCACGAAAACAGCCUUGCAGCUGAUAAUGCCUGCAAAUAUAAUAGAAAUGAUUCUUUUGAGCAAAGGAUGUUCGAACGACAAGACAGUGGCAGACUGGAUUACAUGAAUGAAAGAGCGGCCAGGCACAGUUUCAGUGGAAUCACACAACAAGCUUCAGUCGAAAGCACCGAUUCCCGUCUGUGCUAUUUAACGUCGUCCGAGAUAUCCGACGACGACCGCAUGUCUUUGACAACCGCCAUCAGCGACGAAGACGACGGCGAGAGCAAUCAAAAUUCGCCGUAUCGCGGCAAACAAACAGGGAGCGCAGCCGCCUCGUUUAAUUGCACGGGAGCUGUCAGAAAAGCAGGGUUUUUGAGCGUUAAAAAAUGGCUGUUGCGCAAAAAGCACCAAAUCGAAUUGGCCAGGAAAAGGGGAUGGAAAGGAUAUUGGGUGUGUCUGAAGGGCACUACGUUACUCUUCUAUCCCUGCGAUUCCAGAGAAGGUCGCAGUGUCGAAGCAGCGCCCAGACACCUGAUCAUUGUCGACGGUGCCAUCAUGCAGCCUAUCCCGGAGCAUCCGAAGAGGGACUACAUAUUUUGCUUGAGCACUGCUUUCGGAGACGCUUAUCUGUUUCAAGCACCUUGUCAAGUGGAAUUGGAAAAUUGGGUGAACAGUAUACAUUCGGCGUGCGGAGCGGCUUUUGCCAGACACAGAGGGAAAAUAGGAACACUGCAUUUGCUCCAAGAAGAAAUUUACAGAAUCGAGAAACAAGUGGAAGCGGAUCAAAAACUCAAACACAUGGCUGAAAUACAAGUGGAAAUGCUUUCGGAUCCUGACACUAAAGAACAAAUAUUGAAACAAGUUUUAACUUGGGAAGAGAAUUUGGAACGACUACACUGUGAACAGUUUAGGCUCAAGUGCUAUAUGGCAAGUUUACAAAACGGGGAACUUCCUAAUCCAAAGAUUCUCUUAACGCGAGUGUCUAGAGCUACUAAAAUUACUUUGAACAAGCUGGGUGUAUUCACUGUGUCCUCACUGCACGCAUUCAUUUGCGCCCGUUCGCCGUCUUUGCUCAACAAUCUUUUGGCUGGACGAGGUGCUACCAAGAGAAAAACUCCAAUUCUAUCUCGAUCAAACAGCGGUUCUGGUAGGAGGUCACUGCAGACAUCCACGUCACGAGAAGAACAAGAGAGAACUGUCAAAGUGUCAUUGCCCGAUAAUCAGUCAGUUCAGAUUCAUCUACGCGAAGGAAUGACCGUAGAAGAGUACUUGGCGUUCUCGUGUUCGAGGAAAGGACUCAAUCCAAUGGAACACUUUGUCAGGGUCAAAAAGAGGAGAGAUAUGGAAGACCAUAAUUAUUUUGUGCCCCCUCGAACCGAUAGCAUCGAAACCUAUCUGCACACCCACGAAGUCGUUGAAGUAAGGGCGAAAAUUCUCUAUCAGGUUGAACUGGAGAGAAAUACUUUAGACCAUAUGUGGGGAUUUUCGGUAGAAGCCGAGCUCAUUGAAAACUCUGACAGGCAAGACGAGCUGUGCUGUUACGUUAGCCGCGUCGAAGACAAAGGAAUAGCUAUACAAAACGGGAUAAUUAAAGGUGAUGAAAUAAUGGUAAUCAACAGCGCUAUCGUGAGCGAUUUGGAUAUGAUGUACUUGGAAUCGGCUCUCCAGGAGGAGUUAUCCUUGAGUAUGAUGAUGAGGUCGUCCAGGACGGAACCGCCACAACUGCCGCCGGGUUCCAGAAUUGUGUCCAAGACCACCGAUGAUAUUAUUCAAUCGUUGGUUUGUCCUCCGCCGCCAACAGACCCGCCUAUGAUCUCGGAAGAGAUGAUCUCCGGCUUAAUUGUGCCUGCGCCCAAUUGGAACAGAGAAGGGCAUUACGAUAUGGACACGACCAGUGCAAUGCAAGAUUGCAAACUCGCAUCCAGAGGAAAUUCAUUCGAAAUCGAAAACCUGAUUAAAAGUGCCGGAGAAGUGACCGGGUUCUGCAGGUCACCGGAACCGGCCAGAAGGAUCAGCCCAACUAUAAUACCUGCAACUCACAAUCCAAUCUUGACCAUCGGUCGUCAGCUGACAGAUGCAGAAAAACUGAGAAAAGUUAUUUGUGAACUAGUAGACACCGAAAAGUCGUAUAUUAAGCAUCUGAACAAUCUGUUGGAAAACUACUUGGAACCGCUUAAACAAGAAACGUUUUUGAGUGGCGUGGAAAUAGCCGUCCUGUUCGGCAACAUUCAAGAAAUAGUGCAGUUCCAACACCAGUUCUUGCAAAAUCUCGAAGAACCCAUACGCCAAGAACCGAAUUUUUACAAAUUUGAUCAACCGGAACAGUUUAAGAAUAUUCUAUUUUCAAUCGGGAGCGCCUUUUUGUACUACGUGAAUCAUUUUAAAUUGUACAGUUCAUUUUGCGCCAGCCAUUCGAAAGCUCAAAAAAUUCUCAAUCCGAACGAAGGUAAUCAAGCAUUACAGGAAUUUCUUUGCGCAAGAAAUCCUCGUCAGCAGCACUCCUGUUCGUUAGAAUCGUAUUUAAUAAAACCCAUACAGAGGAUACUGAAGUAUCCAUUGCUUUUGCAGCAGCUAAGGAACCUUACAGAUCCCACUUCGGACCAACAUCUUCAUCUCGUUGAGGCUUUGAAAGGGAUGGAAAAUGUUGCUGAACAUAUCAACGAAAUGCAACGAAUACACGAAGAGUACGGAACGAUAUUUGAUCACUUGUUUAGACAACACCAAAAGUCGUGCAAACAGGCUAUUGAUUUGUCGCCCGGCGAUUUACUCUAUUACGGCGGCGUCGAGUGGCUGAACAUCUCGGACUUUCUUGGUAAAAUCAAAAAGGGCGUAGAGCUACACGCCAUGUGUUUUGUUUUUAAAUCAGCAGUGGUGUUCCUAUGCAAAGAACGCCUGAGACAGAAGAAAAAAUUAAUGAGCGCGUCCGGCAAAAAUGAGAUGGAGGUAAUUAGAUAUCAGGUUUUGGUUCCUGUAACCGAAGUACAAGUUCGGGCGAGCUCGGCCAAGGACAUGGAAACUCAUUUCUUGUGGGAGCUCAUACACUUGAGGAGUCAGGCGGCCAGGAGACCCGAGAAGAUUUACGUGCUAUCAAAUAGUACUACCGAGUUUAGGAAUGCGUUUUUGAAAACUAUACGCCAAAUAAUCCGCGAAAGCGUCCGGAACAUGAGCAUCCCCACUGCCAAACCCACGACCAAUUCAGCGUCACAACUAGUUAGCAAUACGGCGACGUUGGGAAGACAAACCAUCAGUGCCGGAACUUCGCAGCACAACAAAAUGGAAUCUUCGAAACCGCCCACCACGCCCAGCGUACCUCAAGGGUCUCAGACCCUGGGAAAACCCAAGAAAAUUCCUCCAAAACCACCUCAGCGACACUCGUCCGGUAGCACCACGGUGACCAAGGUCGAGUUGCAAAGCCAAGGGACGUCGUCUACCGACUCGACGACGGACACGGGGGCAACGCAAACGGUUUUGCCGAAUUACAGAUCCCGGAUUAAAGACGACAAAAGAGACAGUCAAAAGUCCGAAGGGGAGGAUGACAGCGGCAGUCAUCCGGGCCCGGCCAAGAGUGUUCAAUCGCGCGGCAGUCUGGGCAAGACGCCCAACUACUUAAUGCUGAGCACCACGUCCACGUUGUCGGCCAGCAGUACGGGAAGCCAAGCAGCCAGGCUGGUGGAAAGAUCACAACAGCCAGAAAACUAUCAGCCGCCUCAGGUGCAGGACCUCGGAUCUCCAGUGUGGAAACCCAGGGAACCAGGCGAAUCGUUAACGUUGCCGAGAAAAAAGAAACCGGCUCAAGAUAAAUUCGAAACCAGGACAAUGGUGAGAAAAUGCGACUCCAAGAAAGACAAGAAGUGAACACACACGUGUACGGGUCUUUUUUUUUUUAAUAAUCCUCUAGCGUGGACGUUUGUACGCUGUAUUUAUUGUGAGCAGACGGUUGGGGUAUGAUCUGCGGACCGGGGCAGUCGAAGGAACAUCAUUAUACUACUGAUGUUGUUUCGAAUCGACAAAGUUUAAUUGUUAUUCUUAAAUACUAUUUUCAUUGCGCUAAGUUCCUACUUUAUAUUCGUUAGGCAUUUUAUUUCGUUCAUUUGUGUACAUAAUAAUAAUUUAAUAUAAUAUAUAAAUUAAUAACGUCCAGGCGUUGUGUGUGUGCCAAAAGGAAGCAAUAGGGAUUGCUCACUUGUUACACACACACACACAUGGCCUGGAUUGUCUAAAAACAAGAGUAGAUCAUACUCGGGUCGUUCUGUACCUCUGUCGAAUGCGAUCACUUCGACAUUAUGAAUAUCUUUAAGUAUGUGUACUACUUUGCUUGAUUUCGGUAUUGUAUCCAAAAGUUAAUAAGAUACUCGGUUAUAAGACAUUGGUGGCAUACUAUCCAUUCAAGUGAACCCAAAGACACCACUUUUGACCACCCGAACAGCUUUGAAGUAAUUAUUUUGAAUAAUAAUAAUAGAAUAUGUAACAUUAUAACAUUUUUAAAACACUAUUCCAAUUUCGAUUAGGUGUGUGUUGGGCGCAGAGUAAAAUAACAUAAUAAUAUGGCUGAAAAAACGCUUUAAAAUAUCAAUAACUUUCAAUCGAGUCAAUGCUUUUAUAGCUGUUAUUAGUUGGGACAAAUUUAAUAUAUUAUAACCCCAUCCCUUGUGUGUCGUUAAAACUCUUAAAGUUGAUCAAGUUUAAAGUUUAGGACGGUAGAAGGGUGUUUUUUUCUCUUAAAUUUUAAACAGCGCGCAUUACUCAACCGCACACCCCCAACCGUCCUAAAUUUUACAUCAAUAACUGGUCCAAAAAACUGGUUAAAAAUGUUCAGCAAAUUAUUCUCGAUCAAAUUGAUCCACAUUGAAUGUAUUAAAUUUUGCCAACUAAUAACUUAACCGCAAUUAAUCAGUCAAGCCACCAUUUGAUCUCAUUAGUAAUAUUUUUAAUCGGUAUACAACCAUGAUAUUCUAACCAAAACAGCAUACAGAAUGAUGAUCCCUAUCAAUACAUAAAAAACAUCAAUGUACAGUACAAUAUUAUUAUACGCCUUAUUUUAUUUAGCGCCAAGCUCAGCUUAAGUCGGUCAAACGAUAUUAUCCACGUUGAAGUGUCUCAAUAGAUCAAAAUUAAUCGAACCAAAUUAACGAUAAUGUAUAAUAUUUAACACCUGAUAAUCUCACAUCUCGUCAGCUUUUUUUCUUGUAUGUUAUGUGCUCAUCGUCUUGGGGUCUUGGUGCAAGGAAUUGAUAAAUCAACGUGGGUUGACGAUCGAUGGAUUUGACGGGCCAACGAUCGACAAUUCACCACAUUGACAUAAUGUCAAUGUAACAAUAAUAAUAUUGUUACUGGCUAUUUUUUAAAUGAUUACACUUUUUCCCACCCAACUCUGCUCGUAUGCGACACACACAAACGCUCACAGAGGGGCCAAGGGGAGGGGGGGGGUUUGAAAAAAGCUUCUUUUUUUUUUUAAAAGUGCACCAAAUUCAGCCGAUUACCUCUCUGAAUAGUCCAUAAGCAAACAAAACUGUUGUUGUUGUUGCUUGAAAACAAAUGUUCUAAUUAAAAUAUGUACACUGCUUUACACUUACUAAGUAUAAAAGAGUUGGUAUAUGGUUAAUGUCUAAAAAAAAAAAUAUCAAACAAUUUUUUUUCCCCACAAAAGGUUAGGUUUAGGAUAUGAUAAUAUAAGCUUGUUGUAUAUUGUUAUACUUUUAAGUCAUAUAAUGGAAUAAACUAAAAUAUACCAAAGCCCCAUCCAAAAAAAAAAUAAAAACUCACUGUACCGUUAUUAUUAUUAUUAAUUCAAAGUUCAUUAAAAAAAGAAAAUUGUUCCAGCAAUAAUUUUUUUUUAAUUUUGGCCCCUACUCUUAUACUUACAUACAAAACCCAGUUACAUCAUUGCAAAACACACCGUGUUAAAUGUAUUGUAAAAAAAAAAAGAAAACGGUUAUAACCGUUUGUAUGUUUGCUCUUUUUUUUCUCUCUUUUUUUCCACCAAAACGAGUAAAAUAAUUAUUGUAAUAGUUUCAAAAAAAAUAAGAAAUUAGCUCAUAAAUUCCAUUUUUUCAAGUUAUUCUUAAAUAUAAUAAUAAUUAUACCUACCAAAAAAAAAAAAAAACUAUAUUAUAUUGUACAUAACACUAUAUUGUUGAACACGGUAUGUGUUGUAUAUGUGCCGCCGCAUUAGGCCGACAACCUAAUGUACGUAUUUUUUGGGUUUUUUUUUUGUUUUUAGUACAUCUGUUUCAUUUUGUAAUAGUUUUUAUCUCGCUGAAAAAAUCAAAUAGCCUAUUUUAACCUACAUAAUAUUGUACACAUUUUAUAAACGGCAUAUAAAAUUGUUAUUAUUUUAACAUUAUACUAUAAAUUAUAAUUAUAAAUCUCCAAUUCAGACGUGAGACGUUAUUCUGUGUUGUAUUCUGUUUUUCUGGCACCAAAAAAUAAUCACAGUUAAUAUUGUCACAAUAUACACAAUUAUUAUUAUAAUUGUUAUUUAAAUUUAAACUGCUAAUUUAUUAGGUUGGUACACCUUGUAAACGUUUGUAAUUAAUAUGUCCCGCUCACGUGUAAGAGGUAGGUGUAAUAUUAUGUAUCUUAGUUGUAUCUUAUAUUAGAGAGUAAGUCUUUUUGUUUUUUUUUUAAUGUUGAUUAAAAAAAAACCACCCGGUUAUGUUUUCAAUUUAGUACAAUCGUUAUCAUUAAUUAAUUUUUAAAAAAAAUAUUACUAAUUAUAUUAUAAUAUAAAAUAAUAUUAUUAUUAUUAUUAUUGUAUGAAUUUAACGAACGUUUUUUUUUUUUAUUUCGUUACUAUUACAAUAUUAUAAUACGUACGUUUAUCAUACAACAUUAUAAACUUAUAGUACGAAUAUUAUACGUAGAAUAUUACAUAUUGUAUGAUUAUUUUACUUUAGACCCACCGCACAACGUAAAAAAUAAAAUAAAU